AGGCGGCGGCGUGCUUGGCGCGGCUGUUCUCUUCUCCCGCGGCAUCGCAGCAUCUCUCCCAGCGGCGGUGGCUGCGCAGCCGCCCGUCUUGCCUGCCUGGCUCCCUCCCUCCCUCCUUCGCCUCCGCCCCUCCUCGCGCGCCAAGCUCCAGCCCUUUUUUUCUCUCCCCCCCCCCCUUCUACUUUUUAUCGCUCGGCGGUUGUUAUCUGGCUCAUUGUUCCUGAGAAAAGAGCCCGGAGACCAGCAUGGAUGACCCGGACCAAUCUCCCUUGGUCUCUUCCACCACGGCCGCCUCAGAGCAGGACCGGCGGCAACCGCAGCAGCCCCUUUUCCAAUACCAGUUUGUGAGGGACCCGGAGGACGAAGACGACGAGGAGGAGGAAGACGACGACGAGGAGCUGGAUGACGAGCAGCUGGAAGUGAGGGAGAGGAAGCCCGCCGCUGCGCCUACGGCCCCGCCGGCGCCCACCUCCUCCCCGCCGCUGGUGGAUCGGGGUGCCUCGGGGGAGCAGCCGCCCAGCCCGCCCCCAUUCCCCCAGCCCGCUUGGGCGACUCCCCCCGUCGUCUCUACCACCACCAGCCCUGUCGCUGCCGCUUCCGAGAGCGCCCCUAAGGGGGAGAAGGAGAGGGAGCCUCCCCGCAGCGCCCCGCUGCCACCUCCGCACUGGGAAGAGCCCCGCGCACCCGCCAUCCCUCCCCGGAGCGCCCCGCUGCCCCCCAAGCGAGAGGAGCCCUCGGUCGCCAAGAAGGGCGCCGCCCCAGGCUCUCCCGAUGAGACACUUUUUGCUCUUCCUGUUGCAUCUGAACCUCUGAUGCAUUCUUCUGCAGACAAAGGUAUGGACUUGCAAGAACAACUGGGUCAUGCAUGCUCAGCCAGGCAAGAAGAUUUUGCUGCUGCCUCUCUUGAUGCUACUGCUUCUCUUCCCUCCCUCUCUACUCUUUCAGUCAAUCCUUUUAAAGAGUAUGCGGCUCUUGAUACGUUAUCAGAUGAACUAUCUGCAAAACAUAGUUACAGUCCAAUUGGAAGUGAUUUGUUUAAACUUACUACCCAGACUGCUCAAAACCCAUUCCUUGCAGAUGAUGGCAAUGAAUUUGCAAAUAUAAAACCUUCAUACGCUGCGGAUCAUUCAUUCUGCCUAUUUCAGACUAAGGAACCAUUGGAUACUAAAAUAAUUCCUGAUACAGAAGAAUUAUCUGCAAGCCAACAGGAUUUUUCUCUAGAAUCACCUGUUGAAUUAUUUGUAGAGCAAGAUAAAAAAGAGCGGCUUGAAGAGGGGAAGCAUGCUAUCUAUGAUCAUGGUGAAGAUAUAACUUUAGUCGAUAAUCAUUAUUCAAGAGAUGAAUAUGCAGAUUUAAAACCUUUGGAACUCUCCUGGGUUAGUAAUGAAAGUAGUAAUUUUAAGGAUGUAUCUGAGAAUGAGAUAGACAAUAAAUUAGGAAGUAUUGCAGACAAAUAUGUCAAGGAAGCUAAGACUCUAUCUGCCCAUAAAGUCAUUGAAAAAGAGAAUGAAAGCAGCAAUGAAGAUAUUUCUUUCCCCAACACUCCAGAAGCCUCAAAGGAAUCUUCACAGCCUUACAUUACUUGUACAGAAUUUGAAUCAUCAGAGAAAAUUGAAAGCAACAUGGUUACAUCUCUCCCUCUAACAGAAGAAAAGACAUAUGAAAAUAAAACAGAUGAGAAAAAGAUAGCAGAAAUGAUGGACCAGUUUGGCAGUACCCAUAUUGAUUUGACAAGUGACCAAGAGCAGAAAGUUGAUUCAAAGAAAGAAGAGAUUUUGUUGAGGAAGGUGUCUGAUACUAAUGUCCCUGAAGGUCUAACUCCAGAUUUGGUUCAAGAAGCUUUUGAGAGUGAACUUCAUGAUGUAAUUAGUCCCAAGCUUGCUUAUGAAACAAAGAUUGAUUUGGUUCAAACAUCUGAGUCAUCACAAGAGUCUUUGAAUGUUGCUGUACAGCUCUGUCCUUCCUUUGAAGGACGGUCUGAAACAUCUCCAUCCCCUAUCUUACCAGAUAUUGUAAUGGAAGCACCAUUAACUGCAAACUCUGCUGUGGUUGGAGGGCCUCUUGUGCAGCUUGAAAUAUCCCCAUUUGAAACAUUCACUGCUGCAGAUGAAUAUGAGAAUGAUUAUGAGAAUGUAAUACAGAAAUCUGAAAAGCCUCCAUCUUAUCAGGAAGCAACAAAUGUACCAGUAACCCAGGCAAAAGAAGUCAUGGUUGAAGCUGCUAAGAAACCCGACAAUGAGAAUAACCCGCCUCUAGAAGAUUUAGAUACCUCAUAUAUAUCAAUUGCAUGUGAUUUAGUAAAAGAGACUAAAGUAUCUUCCGAGUUCACAGAUUAUUCAAAAGCGGAAAUCACAGAGUAUGUAUCACAACCUGUGCCUGAGUACAGUGAGCAUCUUGAAUGGACUUCAUUGCCAUCUGACAAAAGCUAUUCAUUUAGUGGUCAACCAGAAAUUAAUCUUGUACAGAAAGAAGAAGCUGUGAAAGGAUCAUUAUUUGAAACAACUACCGAUAUUAUAUCAAAUGGAGGCCAGAAAGAAACAUACGAAGAAGUACAAUCUUCUCUUAGUGAACGUUACUUGGAGUCAUUCCAGCCUCAACUGGAAACUUCAAAAAACGAACCAACUACUUGGUGUUUGGAAACAGAGGCUGCAGGUCUAGCUAAGAAAGAAAAGACUCCACAGCAACAUAUGGAAGAACUUGGUGGCUAUACUGAUGGUUUUUCUGUUUUUAAGGAACCCAUAGUGAAAGAGAAAAUCGUGCUGUCUGUAGAGUCCUCUCCAGAGGCAGAUGGCACAGUCCCUUAUCAAGUUGACAAGCUGAUGAGAAGUACCGAAGAUAUAUUAAAGGAAAAUGAAAGUAAAAAUCCUUGUGAAAUUCUUCAAGCUGAGCUGAUACCACCUGCUUACCAAGAAGUAGCACAGGACUUGUCUCUAAAAAACAUACAUAGCAAAUUUGAAGAGCAGGAUCUUUCUUUGGAAAAAUCCUCUGAAGACCUGGACAGAGAAGUACACGAAGCGGCUAAGGAGGAUUUUCCCCCUGAUGUUACUCCUUUGGCCUCAGAGAAAAAAGUAGUCAAUGUCAGAAAGGGAGCUGAGAGCCAAGAUGUUUCAGUUAAAGAAAAGGAGAAAUCCCUUUCUAUGUUUUCAUCAAAGCUGAGUGAGCCUUCAGCAGCCCUUCCUUUGGAUGUGUAUCAGCAUUAUCAUAAAAUGUGGGACGAUAAUGUAAGAAUUGCCUCAGUGGUUGACCUCCUAUACUGGCGAGACGUUAAGAAGACUGGUGUGGUGUUUGGAGCCAGCUUGUUCCUGCUUCUUUCUUUAACAGUGUUCAGUAUCGUGAGUGUGAUAGCUUAUAUUGGCUUGGCCCUCCUGUCAGGGACCAUCAGUUUUAGAAUAUACAAAGGAGUUAUCCAAGCAGUCCAGAAGUCAGAUGAAGGCCAUCCGUUUAGUGCUUACUUGAAAAGAGAUGUCGCUGUGUCUGAGGAGCUUGUUCAAAAAUACAGCCAUGUUGUGCUUGGUCAUCUCAACAGCACAAUUAAGGAACUCAGGCGCCUCUUCCUAGUGGAUGAUUUGGUGGAUUCUCUAAAGUUUGCAGUAUUGAUGUGGGUGUUUACCUAUGUUGGUGCCUUGUUCAAUGGUUUGACAUUGCUGAUACUAGCGCUGAUAUCACUUUUCAGUAUUCCUGUUAUUUAUGAGAAGCACCAGACUCAAAUUGACCAUUAUGUGGAACUUGUAAACAAGAAUGUGAAAGAUGGAAUGGCAAAGGUUCAAGCUAAAAUUCCUGGACUGAAGCGUAAAACUGAAUGAAAUCAAGAACCAACUUUUAUUAAAACAAAUCAACUUUUAAGUGGGGAUGGGAGGCAUAUUCAUUUGGAUUAUAUGGGGAGGGUCAGGGAAUAGCAAGCCUUGACAUUGCAGUGCAAUUUCACAGAUCUUUAUUUUUUAGGAACAGUGUUUCAGAGAGAGGAAAAUAACCUGUUCUUGACUGCUGUGUGUAUGUCCAUCCUAAGUAUUGUAAGCUGCUACAUAUGGAUUUAAACCUAAUCCUCUUUGCUUCUCCCAUAUGCAGCACAGGUUAAUCUAACCAUUUGGAGAGCUGUACAUUUUAUGCUUUGGCCAAGAUAGUCUUGUCGUGUUUCAAGAGGGGCUAGUGUAUGGAAAACAUUUCCUUUAGCACUGUCUCUGGUUUGUGUUGAUUGAUUGCAGAUUUUCUAAAAUGAAAUGUUUAGAAUAUGCCAUUAAAGCAAGCUUGAAAAGUCUUGCCUUGUUGGUAUCAAGUUUAGCUGUACUGUGCUUUUAAUUCUACUAUUUUAUCAAUUGCCAAUAUAAAAUGAAAUAUAUAGUGUGUCACAACUGCUUAGGAUGUCCAGCUCCUCCAUAGUGAUUGAAAUACUAGAUAAAUGAACUGAGGGUUUUUUGAGCUCCUUAAUAUAUUAGCUUAAAUUUUCAGGAAAAAACCUAGUACCUAUUAAAUAAACAACAACUCUGCACAUUACAGUUUCUGCCAUAUCCUUUGCUGCACAAACUCCUAUAGUCUAUUUUAAGUAAACAAGUUUACAGUUCUCAAAACUCUGAAUCUGUGGAAUGAAUUUCUGAUGGUGUGAUCCUCAGAUCCUUGCAGGCAGAACAAGGAGCCCCUGGCAUGCUUGUUUUCCAUUAUGCUUGGAAUCCUCAGCAUCUGUGCAUGGGUCAGUGGAUUGUACCCCGAUGCUGCAAAUGCCAUUUGGACAUUUCAAAUACAUGUGGGGUUUAAGCUGUAUUGAACUAUGUCUGUGGGAUGCAUUGUGAAAUGUAAAAAGAAAACAAUUUUGAGUUAUCAAUAAAGUGUAUGGACUCAUA